AUGACGGAACCACUUAGCAAGGUUGACUCCGCCGUCCAGGGCUUGUCAUCGUCACCGCCGAAGGAGAAGGGCCAUAGAAGGGCCAGCUCCAGCGCAGCUGGUGUAAUGAACAUCAAUGACUUGGAAAAGGAUGGUAUUGAGCUGAAGAUUGCGAUUGAGACGCAAAAGACGGGCUGGAAAAUCAACAAGAGUCCGACCACAGUCGAGGACUCCAGCGUAUUGAAAGUCAUGUUGACGAAACCGCCGGUUAAGAAGAUUGACCUUCACUUCCCGUUAGGAAUGGAGGUAACGGCACGGAACAUGAAGGGUGUUACGAUCAAGGAUGCCAUGGAUGCGAUUUACAAGGCGUACAAAAAGCGGGCCGAUGAUGAGCUUGACAACCCAUACCUGGCUGGCUUCGAGUGGGACAAGGAGGAGUCAUGGACACGGUUGGUUGUGCACCUCCAGAAGGAUGCUGGUACCAGCGGCCAUGGCGGCGGCAAGAAGAAAAAGGGCAAGAAGGACGACGAGUAA